AUGUGGCCCAAUAUUAGUGCUGCCCCCUUUCUGCUGACUGGCUUCCCAGGCCUGGAAACAGCUCAUCACUGGAUCUCCAUCCCCUUCUUUGCAGUCUAUGUCUCUGUGCAUUUUGGCAAUGGCACUCUCCUCUACCUAAUCAAGAAUGACCACACUCUCCAUGAACCCAUGUACUAUUUCCUUGCCAUGCUGGCGGGAACAGAUCUGAUGGUAACAUUGACCACGAUGCCAACUGUAAUGGGUGUAUUAUGGCUGAAUCAUCGGGAGAUGAGCCACGGAGCCUGUUUCCUGCAGGCCUACUGUAUUCACUCUCUUUCCAUUGUAGAAUCAGGUAUCUUGCUUGCCAUGGCCUAUGACCAUUUUAUUGCCAUUCGCAGUCCCUUGAAAUAUACUUCCAUUCUCACCAAUACUCGAGUGGUAAAGUUAGGGAUGGGAGCUUUUAUGAGGGGUUUUAUAUCCAUUGUGCCUGUCAUUGUGCGUCUUUUUUCAUUUCCAUAUUGUCACUCUCACGUUCUCUCUCAUGCUUUCUGUCUUCACCAAGAAAUCAUGAAACUGGCCUGUGCUGACAUAACUUUCAAUAGACUGUACCCUGUAAUUCUGAUUUUUUUAACAAUCUUCUUAGACUCUUUGAUCAUCCUUUUCUCCUAUAUCCUAAUUCUUAAGACAGUCAUGGGCGUAGCCUCUGGUAAAGAGAGAGCCAAGGCCCUCAAUACCUGUAUCUCCCACAUCGGUUGUGUCCUCAUCUUCUAUGUCACUGUUAUCGGUCUGUCAUUUAUUCAUAGGUUUGGGGAAAAUGUGCCACAAGCGGUCCACAUUAUAAUGAGCUAUGUAUACUUUCUCUUUCCUCCUUUAAUGAAUCCUAUCAUUUACAGCAUCAAGACCAAGCAAAUUCAAUAUGGCAUUCGCCGCCUUUUAACUAAACAUACAAUUGAAAGUUAA